CGUCAGUGUAAACGGAAGUGAAGUGAACAGUACCGAAGAACAUUUUCCACUUGUUGUUUUUAUUGUUGUUAUUUAGACGCGUAUUUACCGGCACAGCAUCACAUACGUACCCCCAUGCAGUCUUUAAUUCGUGUUGGAAACAGGACUUGGUUCAUAGAUGUUAACUAGGUAACACGAGCGAGCUGCUAACAAUGGCUAACUGUAUGGUUUUUCACACUCAAAUAGCCUCCAUCAUGGAGGUGCUAGCAAAUGCAGCUGUGGCAGACAUCUGUAAACUCGUAGACGACGACUAUGCAGUGUUUCGUUUGGAAAUAACUCAAAGCCAGAAAGAAAACAGGGCAUUGCGGAGGAAACUACAGCUACUGGAACUGAAGGUGUCACGGGAGCGCGCAGAGAAGACAAUGCGAGAGCGCGUCAUCGCCAGUCGUCCCAGUAGUGUCAAGAUCCUCGACCGAUACAGAGGAAUGGCAAGAGGUGAAGGACAUCUCACUGGAGGCCACAGGAGCUUUGUGAAGCCAGCGGGACACAAUACAUGGAAAGAUGACCAACCAAUCACUGUUGAUGAGGGCAAUGGAACCUCAACCCAGCACAUUAUCGUGAUGGAGUCUGCAGAUACAGAGGCUGCAGGUCUUGGGGUGAAGCAGGAGAGGUCUGAAAGAAAGGAGGACUUACAGCAUAGCAUAAACAUCCAGACUGGAACGGCUGGAGCGCCCCCUAUAGCAACGGAGGACUCCACCACCGCCCCAGCGCAGCCCAGAGCCGGCUCAGAGUAUUUACCGGUAUUUCACCAGAUCCAGAGGACGGUUAAUUCCCGUGGAGAUGGUGACGCACUAGUCACUGGCGUUGAUGAUCCAUCAUGUUCUUACAGUACAGAGAUGGACCCUGGGAAAAUGCCCUUGGCUUUAGAGACACAGACUGAUCUGUCUAAAGGGGAAUGGAACCGGUACAGCAGUAGUAUAUACUCUGAAGGGUGCCUAGAUAAGAAAGGGGAAUGUCUGGUUGUAGAUGAGGUAAUUGUGAAAGUGGAGGGCGACGCUUCUCUCACAUGGAAUCCAGAUCGUCACCUAGGUGACGGACACUCACAGGGCAGAGAUUUCUUAGAUUACAGGGAAAGCUUAGAGACAAAUCCAAAUGUUGCGACCCACUCCCCUGUACACAUUCUCAGGGAUUGCGACCCAGUGUCCACGUCGAUGGGGCCUUCUGAUUCACACACCCACGUCCUUUUCAAUCAGGUAUUGAACGCAAACGACUUGGCUAGAGCCCAGGCUCAGGGAGGCGGAGCCACAUCAGGCAAUAGUAAAGAGAAACGGUUUCUCUGCAUGUUCUGCAACAAAGGCUUCAGCUGCCCCCAGAAGGUGGAGAUACACCAGAGGGUCCACACAGGGGAGAAACCUUUCAGCUGUACCCAAUGUCACAUGCGCUUCGCUGAGGCUGGCAGCCUGAAGAGGCACCAGAGGGUCCACACAGGGGAGAAACCCUACAGCUGCCCCCAGUGUGAGAAGAGGUUCUCCCACCAGCACCAUCUGAAGAGGCACUUGAAGGUCCACACGGAAUAGAGGCUGUUCGCCUGUAAGCACUGUCGGAAGAGGUUCUCAGAGGAGCUUCCUCAGGAUUUCACUCUAUAACAUAGAACGUAACCAUUCCAUUCAAUGGCUUCUGAAGUUUAGAUCAAACCCUGCCCUAAAGAUGGACUCAGCAAGAUGACGUAGAUCAAUUUCCACAACAUCAAAGAGCAUUUUGGGAUAAAUGCGCCUAAAAAGUCUUAACAUAAUUUAGCCUACACUAAAGACAUUCUUGUUCACAUAUUUCUUGUUCACAUAUUUCAUUACUUCAACAACUUUUUCAAUAAUCACUUUUAUUAUUUAUUUUCUGACCACUUUUUCUCCCCAAUUUCCUGGUCCUUGCUGCGGACAAGGUCGAGUCACGUGCGUUCUCCGAAACACAACCCAGCCGAGCCGCUUCUUGACACAAUGCCGCUUAACCCAGAAGCCAGCCACACCAAUGUGUCGGAGAAAACACCGUAACUGGCGACCAUGUCAGCGUGCAUUGGGCCCGGCCCGCCACAGGAGUUGCUAGAGCGUGAUGGGUCAAGAAAAUCCCUGCCGGCCAAACCCUCCCCUAAAAUAGGACCCGGGUGAUGCUGAGCCAAUUGUGUGCCACCCCAUGGAUCUCCCGGUUGUGGCAUGCUGCGACAAAGCCUGGACUCGAACCAGGAUCUCUUGUGGCACAGCUAGCACUGUGAUGCAGUGCCUUGGACCACUGAGCCACUCGGGAGGCCAUCAAUAAACACUUUUAAUGAGAACAUUUAUGCAGUACAUUAAGUUACUGCAGAUUUGUAGUUGAGAUGUGUAUGUGUGGUUUUCAUAUGGUGUAUUUAAAAUGUGUUUUGUUUAAUAAACAGAAAAUAGGACUUUCAUUCUAAGACUUUCCCUGUUGGCCAUGUUGACUCCAAUGCUUCCCACAGUUAUGUCAAGUUGGCUGGAUGGCCUUUGGGUGGUGGACCAUUCUUGAUACACACGGGAAACUGUUAAACCCAGUAGUGUUGCAGUUCUUGACACAAACCGGUGCGUCUGGCACCUUGCUGAUAUCCAGUCUUGUUGGCGGGAGAGAGUGGACCUCUGAGGUGGCUGGUCAUAAGCCAUGGCCCCGGAUCAGAACCCUGAAUCAGGAGCCGUCGCUCUUCCUUCCAGAGUCGGAACCAGGACCGAACCACAAGGGACAGAGACUCCACCACCACACAGCACAUAAUCCCACCAACACCCAAACAAUGGGUUGGAUGCGCGCUGUGUUAAGAAGCAGUGCGGCUUGGUUGGGUUGUGUAUCGGAGGACUCGUGACUUUCAACCUUCGUCUCUCCCGAGCCGUACGGGAGUUGUAGCGAUGAGGCAAGAUAGUAGCUACUAACAAUUGGAUACCAUGAAAUUGGGGUAUCCAAUUAAAAUUUAAAAAAAAUAUAUUUAAAAAAAUAAGAAUUUGUUCUUAACUGACUUGCCUAGUUAAAUAAAGGUAAAAAAUUAAAAUAGGUUAAUCUGCCUCACCCAUUGUGGAAAGCUAACAGUCAAUGUGUGUGAAAUGCUUUAUAAUGUAUGUGAUAUCAACAGGGAGGUAUAUUUUCUGGUCAUUUCUAUAUUGACUAGCUUUCAUCAAGCUGCCCACUCAAGACAAAGCUUCAAACUGUAAAUCAUCAGCAUGUAUUGAUCACAUCUUCACUAAUGCUGCUGAAAUGUGCUUUAUCCAAAUUCAUCGUAUGUAGCGAUCACAAUAUAGUAGCUUUGGAUAAGUUCCAAAGGUUGGGCCUGUUAUAUGAGGUCAUACAAUACGUUUUGUAAUGAUUUUAAAAACGGUUAAAUUCCCUUGGAUUGAUGAGGAAUUAAGCGAAAGGAAUGGCAAAUAAGUUUGCCAAUCGGUUGUGCAGCUAAACGUACUGCAAAUAUGACUAAACCGCAGAAGUGGGACCAAGUCAUUCUUGUACAAGUCACAAGUAAGUCAAGUCAAAUCCCAAGUCAAGACAGGCAAGUCCGAGUCAAGUCUCAAGUCUUUAACUUUGAGUUUCGAGUCCUAAACAAGUCAUCAUGUGCUCUUUUUUUCACCUUUAUUUAACCAGGUAGGCUAAUUGAGAACAAGUUCUCAUUUACAACUGCGACCUGGCCAAGAUAAAGCAAAGCAGUUCAACACGUACAAUAACACAGUUACACAUUAAAUAAACAAACAUACAGUCAAUAAUACUGUAGAAAAAGACUAUAUACCGUGUGUGCAAAUGAGGUAAGAUAAGGGAAGUAAGGCAAUAAAUAGGCCAUGGUGGCGAAGUAAUUACAAUAUACCAAUAAAACACUGGAGUGAUGAAUGUGCUACGUGUGCUCUUCACUAAAUGUAAUACCAUUUCAGAUUUAACUGUAUUAGAGUAUUAGUUAGUAUAUUACAUUUACGCAAAUCAUGAAUGCUUUUAAAAAUAUCUAUAUUUAUUUAUUUCCAUUUUUUUUUUUUUUUACAUUUCCAUGGAAAUACAUGAAUAGCCAUAAGACCCCCCCACCCCCCAAUAGUGAUCGACUAUCGAGGGGCGCAAUCGGGCGAUGUUGGAUUGUACACAAUCGCCCGACCUUGUUUUGGGAACGUCAGGCAGGAUUUAGGCUUCAAACUGCCUAGCCAGUUGUAGCUCAAUCUUGAGUGCAAUGAUCACGUUCCUGCACUGACUGUGUGGAGGCUCAUUGAUUUAACUUUACACUAGCCUACAUGAUACACUAGUAAAGUAAUAAAAUAUAUAGCCGACAGCAAUAUUAUCCACGACUUACCGUUCUUUGUGCAGCUUCAAAUGUCGAACAAAGUUGGAAAUUGUUGUGCCACCCAUCUAUAAUUUUCUUCCCUUAUGUUUUGCAAGUUGCAAUCCGUUUUUGUUGAUACAGUGUUGUCUUUAUAUCUGAAAUAAUAAUUUGAGGUAUCAUCUUUCCAAGGGCUCCAUCUGAAUUCACCCGCCCUCUGCACUGUCACUCAUAAUUUGAUUGGCUACUGUCCAUUUUCAACUGUAAUCCGUUAAAUGAAGAGUUGAUGCGCUGCACACUUUUUAAUUGCAUCGUUUUUUAAUAUUUGGGCUUGGGGAGGGUAUCAAGUGAGGUCAAGUCACGUCAUUGGUGUUAAAGUCAGGGUCGAGUCCAAGUCAUCAUAUUUGUGACUCGAGUCAACACCUCUGCUAAACUGAAUAAAAAUAAGAAACUAUACUAUGAAACAAAGAUGAAUGAUAGUAAAAAGCUUUGGACCACCACCUUAAAUAAGAUGUUGGGGAAAAGGGGGUAACUCAGGUCCAUCAUUCAUUGAAUCAGAUGGCAAUAUCAGUGGGUUUUGUAAUGAAUGUGCCAACUACUUUAAUGAUUUUUUUUAUUGGCAAGAUUAGCCAAUUUAGGCAUGACAUGCCAGCAACAAACGCUGACACUACACAUCCAAGUAUAACUGACCAAAUUAUGAAAGAAAUACAUUGUAAUUUUGAAUUCCCUAAAGGGAGUGUGGAAGAGGUGAAAAAAAUUGUUGUUUAUCAACAAUGACAAGCCAUUGGGGUCUGACAACUUGGAUGGAAAAUUACUGAGGAUAAUAACGGACGAUAUUGCCUCUCCUAUUUUCCAUAUCUUCAAUCUAAGCCUUCUAGAAUGUGUUUGCCCUCAGGCCUGGAGGGAAGCUAAAGUCCUUCCAAUACCGAAGAAUAAUAAAGCCCCCUUUACUGGCUCAAAUAGCCGACCAAUCAGUCUGUUACCAACCCUUAGUAAACUUUUGGAAAAACAUUUUACAGUAAACAAAUUGACAACAGACUUUCAGAACACUUAUAGGGAAGGAUAUUCAACAAGCACAGCAUUUACACAAACUCUAAACACACAUACAUUGUAAUAUUGUUGUAUGGUGGUAUUAUACAUUUUGCAUUAUAGGUACAGUGGGGCAAAAAAGUAUUUAGUCAGCCACCAAUUGUGCAAGUUCUCCCACUUAAAAAAGGAGAGAGACCUGUAAUUUUCACCAUAGGUACACUUCAACUAUGAAAGACAAAAUGAGAAAAAAAAUCCAGAAAAUCACAUUGUAGGAUUUUUAAUUAAUUUAUUUGCAAACUAUGGUGGAAAAUAAGUAUUUGGUCAAUAACAAAACUUUAUCAAUACUUUGUUAUAUACCCUUUGUUGGCAAUGACAGAGGUCAAACAUUUUCUGCAAGUCUUCACAAGGUUUUCACACACUGUUGCUGGUAUUUUGGCCCAUUCCUCCAUGCAGAUCUCCUCAAGCGCAGUGAUGUUUUGGGGCUGUUGCUGGGAAACACGGACUUUCAACUACCUCCAAAGAUUUUCUAUGUGGUUGAGAUCUGGAGACUGGC